AUGCUCAUCAACAAAAAGUUGACCGAGCGGCCUGAGGAAUCGGAAGUUCCGGAGCCAGCUCUUCCGGACAACCGAGUCGUUAUACCAUCGAUUGAUUUACAUUACUGCUUAUAUGUCAAUAGCGACAUUAUCUAUUAUCGAAGGCCGCGCUAUGAUGAUGAAGAGGCAACCAUUAAUCAGGGUGAUUACCAACGGUUGAUGUCAUUCGGUCACAUCGAGCCCCUGGAGGUGGACCUGGAUAGAACCGACUUCGAGUCUUUCAAAUCACAAGUGCUCCUUCAGCUGGCCAACACUCGGGCCGCUUAUCAGCUUGGCAUGCUCAUCGAGCAUUUCGAGAGUACCAGGGACAUCUUAUGGAAGGCUCAGGUUUACAGUUACGAUGAACGUCGGAUCGUGGCAAAUUAUGAUCUCCACGAACGCUUUCGCUCAUGGAAAUACGACGUUCUCACCUCUCCAUUGGAUCUACAUCUGUCGGUGAUGAUUCUUAUGGAUCAUCCUGAUGCCUCGGAUGAUCCGGAUGAUCUGGUGAGCUUGCUUCGCAAUGUACAUGAUGGAGGAGUGCAGGGAUUUGGCUGA